AUGGAUCCGUUCAACCUCCCCAUUGAGUGGGCUCUCCAGCUUCUUACUGGCGUCCUCCCCGACCCUUAUCUCUCCCUCGCCCGCCAGCACCUCCUCUCCCCGGACUCCACCCUCCAAUCUUGCAAGCGCCACAUAAUGUCGACGAUCGAAGCCUUCAUCUCCACCUUGAUUCCGAUCCUGCAGCCUCUCGUCGAGCGGUUGACAGCUUACAUCUACGCCUCUCCCGACGUGGUCAUUCUCGCGGGCGUCUUGCUGCUGCUGGUCAUGGUGCUGCAGGUGCUGAGCUGGAUGCGGCGGGUGCUCAUGUUCUUCACGAGGCUGGCGUUCACGCUGGUGUUCUGGGCGGGCAUGGCGGCGGUUGCGAGCUGGGUGUACAGACGCGGCGUGGAGCAGAGCGCGAGCGAUGCCAUGUUCUGGGCGAGCAAAGCGAGCGGGUACGGAUUGGGCAUUUGGAACUUCUUCAUGACGGAGUGGCAGAGGUAUGAGGCGCAGGAUAAGGCGAGGGGUCAUGCCAAGUAUGAUCGCCCUUAA